ACUUUUGAAGUGCUAUGAAUGAGAGGAACCAUCAGUUGACUGACAAGGAGUCUUAAUAAUUCCGCAUCGGGUAAAGAUGAGUGUGUGUGUGUCCGUGGUGUGGUGUUCGUAGUGCUGCAAUGUUGGAGUGUUGAUUACAGUUGACAAGUUAAACUCAACUCGGUAGCCAAGAGGAUUUUUUAACAUUAUUUAUGAUGGCACGUAGUCCCUACCUUGCAGCACUUGCAGUGCUCUCGAUUUUGGCACCAUCAGUCUCUGCCCGACGACUGGGAUUCCUGCACAGAUACAAGGACGUGCAAGAACAACUGGACUUUUAUGGGGCAGAACACGAUGUCGAGGAUGGUCUCGACGCAAGGCUUCAAUGGUUCGAACAGAAGCUCGAUCAUUUUAAUCCAGCUUGCACAGCUACUUGGCUUCAGCGCUACGCAGUAAGAACAAAAUACUACGAUGACAACAAUCUGGUAUUCCUGUUCAUUGAAGGCGAGGGCGUCAUACGCAAACAAUGGCUCAAGCACGGUCACAUGGGUAGGAUGGCUGAUAAAUUCAGUGCUGCCGAGUUUAUCAUUGAACACAGAUUCUACGGAGGAAGUAAACCGAAACCUGACCUAUCCUUAGAUUCGUUAAAGUAUUUAAGCAGUGAGCAAGCACUAGCCGAUCUUGCGCACUUCAUCAGAAAGAUGAACGUUAUACACGGUUUCAAUAAUCCAAAAUGGAUCGUUUUUGGAGGUUCUUAUGCAGGAUCCUUAGCGGCUUGGCUCCGAUACAAAUAUCCUCAUUUGGUAUUUGCUGCAGUAUCCUCCAGCGGCCCUUUACAUGCCAAAGCGGAUUUUCCAGAAUAUUUGCAGACAGUUACCAACUCCCUAGUCUCAGUGACCCCAAAGUGUGUUGAUGCCAUUAAAACCGCCAAUCAGAAACUCAGUGCCGGGAUGAGAAACGACACAAAAAGAGAGCAUUAUCGAGAGCUUUUCAGGCUUUGUGAUCCGCUUGCAUAUGAUGAUAAAGAUAUUGCAACAUUCUUUGAAUUACUCACCGAUAACAUCGCUUACGUUGUUCAGUACAACCGAAACCGAAUGAAUACAGACAGUGACAGAGCAUACAUUGACAUGGAUGCUGUUUGUAAAAUCAUGACCGAUGAAAGCAUUCAUUGCCCUGUCCAUCGUUAUGCGGAAGUCAACAAACUGCUCCUGACUCACUUCGGACAGCAAUGUGCGGAUCACAAGUACAAUUCAAUGGUUGAUUAUUUGAGAAGCACCUCGUAUGGCUUGGAAACCAACAAUUUUCGGCAGUGGUUCUACCAAACAUGCACAGAGUUUGGAUGGUAUCAAACGUCUAACAAUAAAGACGAUGUUUUUGGUGACAAAAUUCCGGUGCAAUAUUUCAUUGACCUCUGCACUGACGUAUACGGACCAAGCUUUAACAAUCAGCACGUGAAUGCAUCCACGGAGGAGACGAACACUAACUACGGAGGGUACACGUUGCCCGUGUCUAGAGUGAUAUUCGUGCAUGGAUCAGUAGAUCCAUGGUCACCACUUGGUAUUACCUCAAAUCCACCAGACGGAAGUUAUGCUAUCUUCAUCAAAGGGGUGGCGCACUGUGCAAGCAUGUUACCUGAGACUCGAGACGACCCACCUCAACUGACUGAAGCCCGGGAAAAAAUAGAGAAAAUUGUCGGAGAUUUGAUCAUAAAGAAAAACCAUUCGUCGAGAAAGCGAACUUUUGUCUUCGGAGAAUGAAAUCUAUCAACUAUUUUUACGAUGAGAACCACCAAGGACGUUUUAUAACCCGACAUAAUGUUCACUGCAAGCCCACCGCCGAAUAAUGGUAUCCAUAGAAAAAAGAGAGAGAAGACUACUUUCUAGUAUACCUCAGUGUAACUAUUCACUGAAACCCCGUUUAAAAACGCCAAGAAAUAUUAAUUCUUGAAUCAAGAAUGAUAUUGCUUAAUUUAAUAGGCUUUUUGUCAACACUUUCUAUUAAAGCGUGUUUUGCCGAUUAUUCUUGGUUCAUUCCACCCAGACCCGUGUGUAUACACGUACCGCUAUCUCAACCACUUACGCAUAUUUCAUUUAGUGUGACUGUUCUUCUGUAAAUCGUGUCUUAUUCAAAAUUUAAAUAUAGUCAUUUCAGCCCUUCAAAA